AUGGAAUUCGUGAAACUGUGUUUUAUACUCGGCGCUAUUAGCCUUGUUUCAGAGUGUAGUGCAUACAGAAUACUCGGAGUCUUUCCAUUCAAUGGAAAAAGUCACAACAUUGUGAUUGAAGCGUUGAUGAAAGGUUUGGCGAAACAUGGCCAUCAGGUUGACGUGAUCACACACUACCCGGAUACUAAGCCUGUGAAAAAUUACAACAUUAUCGUCAAUCUUGCUGGUUCUACGGAGAAUACCAUGAAUAAUGGUACUAUGGAAUUGGUAUCCAAAGUAGCGGCUGACUCGACAAAUUUUAUCGCUACUAAGGUGGGCAACGAACUGUGUCAUUUAAUGGGAUUUGAGGAAAUGCAAAAGUUGAUAAAAAAUCCACCUGCGGAUCCACCGUAUGAUAUUGUUAUAACCGAGGCAUUUGGAGCCCACUGUUACCUGGGAUUAGGCUACGUCUUCAACGUGCCGGUAGCCGCGAUAUCGUCGGCAAUGGAAUACCCUUGGAUAAGCCACUACAUCGGAAACGAUGAUAAUCUGGCUUUCGUUCCAAACGCUUAUCACAUAGGUUCUGGAAAGAUGAAUUUCUGGCAGCGACUAAAGAACGUUCUUAUCUAUCAUAUCGAAGUGCGUAAGUUCCACACUUUGACUGAAGAAAGCCAAACGGAAUCCAUGAGAAAGUACCUGAGACCGGACAUGCCUGGCAUCAGGGAAGUGGAAAAAAACGUCGCUUUGACGCUUGUGAAUAACCAUCCAGUUUUGUUCGGUGUCAAACCAAUAACUCCAGCUUUGGUGCAAAUAGCUGGUUUACACGUGGAGACCAAUGACGAAGUUUUACCUACGGAAUUGAAAGAAUGGAUGGAUGCGAGUUCACACGGAGUCGUCUACUUCACUCUGGGAUCGAUGAUUUUAAUAGAAAGCUUACCCCAAGAGCAAAUAAAAGAAAUCUAUUUUUCGUUUGAAAAAAUAGCACCUGUUCGAGCUCUGAUGAAAAUUGUUGACACUUCCAAACUGCCACCGGGAUUGCCCGAAAACGUAAAAGUGCUGCCUUGGAUACCUCAACAGCCCGUUCUCGCUCAUCCAAAUAUGAAAGCAUUUAUCACCCAUGGUGGACUUGGUGGGGUACAAGAGGCCUUGUACUACGGGGUACCCAUGAUUGGAAUACCGUUAUUCAGCGAUCAGUUUAGAAACGUCGCAGCUUUUGUCGACAAAGAGAUGAUGGUCAAAAUCGAUCUCGACAAGCUUUCGGAAGAGACACUGGAUUCAGCGCUUCGAGCUGUGCUCCAAAAUCCCGUCUACAAAGAAAGAAGCGUGCACUAUUCGAAGCUGUUCCGAAGUCGACCAAUCGGCGUACUGGAGAACGCAAUCUAUUGGAUCGAAUACGUCAUCCAGAACGGCCCAGAUUCCUUGAGAUCACCAGCGUUAGAAUUUUCAUGGUGGCAGCUGGCACUGCUGGACGUUUACGCUUUCAUACUUCUAGUCGUCGUUCUAAGUAUAAUCCUCGCGGUACUGGCUGUCAAGUUUAUUUUUACGAAGAUAGUCGGCAAAUCGAAAAAUCGGAUCUCAGAUAAAAAGUCGAAGACUCGCUGAUAAAGGCAUUGGCGAUACCGAUCGAGUUAAUCAACGCUAGUCAUUUGUUUCCGGUUUCCUUCUGACCGUAUACUAUUGUAUCGAGCUGUAA